AUGAUUGCCAAUAAAUCAAAUAAGAUUAUUUUUGUUAAGAUUUUAGAUAUAAUAUUUGGUUGCAUUGGCUAAUUCAUUAAUUAAUUAAUUAUCUGCUUAAUAAAAUAUAACUAUCAAUUGUCUUACAUUUAUUUAAAUUACAUCUAUUUUUUAAAAGAAGAUAUGAAGAAAUAUUAUUAGGAUAAUUAGGAAAGUUAGGGACAUAAAUAUUUUUAGAGACCUACUUCAGCUGAUUAAGAGCUCAGUGCUGUAAACAAAAGCUAGGAAGAUAAAGAGAAUAAAGAUAAGCAAUUGAGUUUGCUAUAAAAAAAGAAUAUUAGCUUUUUAAAAUAAACAUAGUCAUCAAAGGUAUUUUAAAUCAGACCAUCAACUAGCACAUUCAGAAACAGUUAGCAGCACCAUAGAGGAAUCAUUUAAUCAGAAUCCAACCACUUUAAAAGCAAUUUUAGCGCAUAUGAUAAGGAGAAACUAUUUGAGGAACUGCUACAACAUAAAGAAAAAAUAAAAGUACUCACUGAUGAAAAUUAUAAAAUAAAAACUGUGUUAAUUAACAAAGACAGGGAACUCAAAAAAUAUGAAAAAGUUAUUGAAGAAUUAUAAGCAAGUGGCAAUUUAAAAAAUUUGAACACGAAGUUUUCAACAGAAAGUUUUCUUUACAUCAAUCUAAAGAAACAAAUUAAAGAGCUCAACGAUGAAGUCAAAUUUAAAACAGAAGAAAUCAAUACAAUGAAAAAGAAUUCUAAAUAUACAAAAUUCCUUGAAAUCGAACAAGAGAAGAAAUGUUUUGUUGAUGAAACUAUAAAAAUGAGAGGAAUUAUUCAAAAUUUAUAGGAGUAGCUUUAAAGAAAUAUCGUUGCAAAUGAAAGACUCUUCCAAUUAGAAAACUAGUAAACAAUCAAUACAAAUGUAAUUUCUACUUUAAAGCAGAGCAACCAAGAAUUAGAAGAUCAGCUGAAAGAUUGUAAAAAUUAGCUCAAAAGCAGCAAAGAACAAAUGGAUAAACAAAAUACUAAGAUAAAAUCGUUAAAAAACGAACUUAAUAAAUACAACGCAACUAGCAUUAAUAACCAAAACAAAGAAAAAGAUAAAAUCAAAUGA